CAAAACUGGAAAGACACGUGGGUUAAAAAAGUCUAGUAUGGGAUUAGAGUUAGGAGAGGCCGGGGAUGGAGUCGAUGCUGUUAGCCCUUUGCCUGGUUUCUUUCAGUUUGGUUGAUUAGCAAUUGGGAAUUAUUUCAUUAUUCUUUUUUUAUCUUCGGGUCGCAUGGCCCCUUAUUAAGAGAUAUAAUUUUUUUGGUCGUCCCCUGCUAAAGUUUUGAAAAAUAGAACUUGUGCUGAAAGAGAACGCAAGCUUUGCAGUCAGUUCUGAAUCCUACUGCCUCCUAAUAGAGACUAACAAUGGAUACCCAGAAGGACGUUCAACCCCCAAAGCAGCAGCCAAUGAUAUAUAUCUGUGGAGAAUGUCACACAGAAAAUGAAAUAAAAUCCAGGGAUCCAAUCAGAUGCAGAGAAUGUGGAUACAGAAUAAUGUACAAGAAAAGGACUAAAAGAUUGGUGGUUUUUGAUGCUCGAUGAAACAUGGAAUUCAGAGGAAUAUCUUUAUAUUUGGAUUUGCUGUUAAUGUUGUAUAGUUUUUGAUUAGUGUACCUACAUUUAUGAAUACAACUAUAUAUAUACAAUUUCACUUUAAAAACCAUGUUGUAUUGAGGGAUCUAUUAAUAGCUUACAUAAAGAAAUUAUUUCUUGUUCAAUUACAUGAUUUGUAAUUUGAUUUUAUUGUAUAUGUCACCUGACACAACAUUGAAAGUGCUUCCCCAAACCACACUUUUAAUCAAAACUUAGAAUCAUUGGGGCUCUUGUUAAAAAUAAAGUUUUCUAGGGCUUUCUAAUGAUUUAAUUAAGUAAGUUCCUUGAACACUGCUGUUUUAUAUCAUCAACUAUUUGUAAAAUCUCCAGCAUUAUUUUGAAGAGUAUACCAAUGUGCACACUGUCAGUGUGCGUACAUCAUUUUGAGUUACAUUUUGUUACUUGAAGUAGGCCUUUCUGUCUUUGUAUAUAAUGCCUGUCUAUUUUUUAAAUCUCGAGUAAAGGAAAAUAAACUAA